CUCUUUCUGACCGCCAUGUCUCGCACUCAACGAUCUUACCAUGGGCCGAAACGACACAUUACUGGCAACAAUAUUCACGUUGCUCCCGCGUGGAAAAGCGCCAAUACGAUGAAUAGCGCGAAUGCUCCUAAUGGUGGUCGCGUCCAACUUGCAGCAGAGCCGGGGAGCAAAAUAUUAAUUGGCAGCCUGCCAAACGACGUGAAGGAACCAGAGAUCGAGGACCUGUUCAAGAGAACUAUCGGUCCCGUCCGCGAAUUAUUCGUCAUUUACAACUCUCAAGGCCUCUCCAAAGGAAUGGCUGUUGUCUCCUUUCAACGGCCUGGGGAUGCCCGAAAGGCGCAAGAACGAUUCAGUGGCUCCAUGAUUGACGGUCGCAGACCAAUUCGUAUCCAAAUAAUUGUCGACGAGGCGGCGCCUGAAGCAACAGCAACCCCCACACGAACGCCAACACUUUUUGACCGCCUACAAUCCCAGCCUGUUGCUGGUCCCUCCCGUGGACCCCAAGCUCUCAGAUUUUCAGUUCCUGCGCCGAUACGACAUGUACCCCAUGUGCCUCCGCGGCCAGCCACCCCUUACAAUGCCGCCAAUAACCAUAUCGUUUUCCCCCCUGCGGUCCCUGUUGGCGCUGGUCUGCGACGUAUAAAGAAAGGGCCAAAGCGCUUAAAGAAGCAAUGGGCGGCGGCGGCAGCAGUAGCAGCAGCAGCAACUCCAGGACAACCAUUUGUCCUUGGGCGCGCGCGGAAAUCCAAAACAAGGGAAGAGCUAGAUCGCGAAAUGGAGGAUUAUCGUGCAGAAGGAGCUCAAAUUGAAGAUUGA